AUGAUUAACAUUAUCAUCGUCGGCGCCGGCCUCAUCGGCCCCCGCCACGCCCAAUCCGUCAUCAACAACCCCUCCACCAAUCUUCUUGCCUUGGUUGACCCCUCUCCAAGCGCUUCAUCCGUGGCUAAAACCCUCAACACGCUCUACUUCCCCUCAUUAUCAGCCCUCCUCUCUUCUGUACCAAGCAUCCCGCACCCAGACGCCGCCAUCAUCUGCACCCCCAACCACACGCACGUCCCCGUGGCUCUCGAACUCAUCAGCCACAACAUCCACAUCCUACUCGAGAAGCCCAUCAGCGAUACCAUCACCACCGCGCUUCCCUUACUCCAAGCACACCAGAAGCACCCAGACGUGAAAAUCCUGAUCGGCCACCACCGGAGAUUCAACCCCUACAUCACCAAAACGAAGGAAAUCCUCGAAUCCGGAUCCCUGGGCUCCAUCCUCGCUCUAUCAGGCUUAUGGACUCUCUACAAGCCAGCAUCCUACUUCACCGGCGCUACCUCAUGGAGAAGCGAUAAGACCAAAGGCGGUGUAUUAAGCAUCAACCUCAUCCACGACGUGGAUCUCCUGCACUACCUAUUCGGCCCCAUCACGCGCGUCUACGCAGAGAAAACCCUGCCCCAGCGCGGUGGCCCAGAUGGUAAUGCAGACCACACGGCGGAAGAAGGCGCGGCGAUCACAUUCCGAUUUGCCAGUGGGGUGGUGGGUACCUUCGUGGUGAGUGAUUGUGCGCCGUCGCCGUGGAAUUUCGAGUCCGGGACGGGUGAGAAUCCCAUUAUUCCGAAGGUGGGUGGUGAGGGAGGAGGGUUUUAUCGGGUUUUGGGAAGUCGGGGGUCGUUGAGUGUGCCGGAUUUGAAGAGGUGGAGUUAUGAUGGGGUGGAAGGGGAGAAGGGAUGGAGUGAGAAGUUGCGAGUGGAAGAGUUUGAGGUUGAUAAGGGGGUGCCGUUCGAUUUGCAAUUGGAGCAUUUUGUGCAAGUGUUGGAGGGGAGGGAGACGCCCAGGUGUGAUGCUGUGGAGGGAUUGAGGGCGUUGGUGGUGGUUGAUGCGGUGAAGAGAGCGAUGGAGAAGGAGGAGGUGGUUCAGGUGGAGAGUGUCGAGGAGAUUUUGGCUAGGAAUCAGUAG